GUACGCGCAAACGAACAUAUUCCUAUGUCGUUAUAAAGUGGACAUUAAGGAAGAUCUAACUUACUCUCUCAAAUUCCUGAUGCAAAUCAUCGUUGGUUAAGUGUGUAGAAAUACUUAAACGGGAACAUAAAGGUAUUCUGUCAAUUUGCCUUGGUUCUUCGAAUUUAGUGCCGUGAAUCCAUAUGAACAAUAAUAAAAGAUAAUGAAGCACUCGGAGCAUGGAUGGAGCAAGUGUGACGUAUCUUGCGGUAUUGGAUACCAGUCAAGACGGGUACUUUGCUUAGAACCAGAUGUAGAAUGUAGAGGGGAAGAAAGCGUGGAAGUACGGCGCUGUCUGGGUAUAGACUGUGAAAAUCCCGAACAACUAGAGUCAAAGAUUGCUUGCAGUGGUGCAUCUUUCCUGAUUAUUGGAAUCAUAGUUGGCAUUUUCCUAGUACUUGUGACGAUCGGAGGAGCAUACAUCUUCAAAAACUUCCUGUUACCAAAAAUUAAGGAAGUUAACAAAAAGUCGUCGUUGAAACAGAAAAACAAGAAGCGUCCACCCGAACCACUACCCCGAAGUAAAGGCAAAGUUGAUGACGAGGAACAUCUUUAUGAGGACGUCGACGGCAUUCAGGGCAAAAAGGCUACAGCUAAAAAUAGCUAUGUCAUCAUGACGUCGAAAUCAGACAAGGAAAAAAAGCGAUUUGGAAGUUCCAAGAAAAAACAGGAAAAUCACAAGAUGGCUGAAUCGGAGGGCAGUGACCAAGGCUACGUUGAUCCUGCAGAUAUAAAUCAACCACGAUCAGAGGAACUUGAGAUUGGAAGGUUAAGAGACCCACCUCCUCCUCCAGGAACCAAGGAUAAAAAACCGUCCAAGUCAAAGACUGAAAAUGGGGUGUCUUCACAGGAGUAUGAGAAAGUGGACGAAAAUGAAUACUUGGAGAUUGAUUAAGAAGCGCCCUCAACGCGAAGACGCUUCAUAACCGAGAUGUAAAGAUUGUUGGUUCGAGUUGCAAUUUGUUUGAAAAAAUUCAAAUUGUAAGAUUUUGGAUGGUUUCCUCUGUAUUCAAUAUAUUAAUGCAUGCUGGAAUAAAACGUUUCAGCAGAUGUCGAAUGUUAUGAAUUUCUGCCUUUUCGUUGAAAGAAAAAUGCUGUAGAGAGGCUUAACAUUCAUUGUAUACUAGGUCUGUGCCCCCUUUGGCUUCCGGCUUCGAUUUGGAGUGCCGGUAACUUAAAUACGACGAGAGUUUAUCGAUCAGAUUUUGAAUGUACGCGAGAGAGAACUGAAGAUGAUGUAACAACACACAGUGUUCCAGCCUAGCUCACAGGGCAUUAAGAGGACUUCGCAAAUAAAUCACUUGUUUUGAAACGA